ACCGCACGACACAACGCGACUCAUAACUGACGUCACCCAUUCGCCGCCGCAAUUCCUCCAAUCUGCGAUCGCCGCCAUCGAUUCUGUCGCAGGAGGGAAACGACACCGCAGCCGCGUUUCUGUACCACGACUUGCCUCCCUCCCUGAUCCAUGGCGUUCGUGCUCCGCGUCGCCGCAUUCCACGGCGUGAGAUCCCACUCGCUCUUCACCAAUGCAGCCUUUUCUCUGUGCGAAAUCAAGAUAGCCGGUGCAGUCCGUUAUGGCAUAACUCGCUAUCCCGAUUCUAGGAGAAAUGGCAAUGCUGACGGCAGCAACAUUCCGACAAAACACGUCAGACGCGGCGUAGCGACUCGCAGCAGCCUCGCCUCGGGUUCCGCCGAGUGGAAUCUAUCAGAAGUCGAGGCGACGGGCGACAGUCCGUGGAGCGUCGCGGGUGACGAGGGAUCGCGAGAGUCGUUGUCGCAGUCGCCGCUGCUGCAGGCCGAAUCAAUUCUCUUCAUAGGCAAGGUCUGGCCGGAGCACGGCAGCACGGCGGCGGGGGUGCGCACGGCGCAGCUGCUGCGGGUGCUGGGGGGGACGAAUGGGGGAGGUGGGGGCAGCGGUGGCGAGAGGCCCGGGAACCAGCUGCACUUUAUGAGCCCUGCAAGGCGCAACGUCUAUUCUGAGGAGUUGGAAGCAGCAGGCAUUGCCACGUACCAGUGUGCACCCAACAGGGCCGCGGAGUUCCUCGCUGUGCUGGACGCCGUGCAGCCCACCAUUGCAGUCUUCGAUAGGUUCACGACAGAGGAGGCCUUUUCCUUCCGCCUGAGGGAGCGCUGCCCCGACUGCCUGCUCGUGCUCGACACGCAGGACCUGCACUUUCUAAGAGCAAACCGGCAGCGGGUGGUAUCUGAGGGCGGCUCCAUUGUGGACGCGCUACACCACGUACCCGAUACAAGCAGCAGGGAGCUGCUGCGCGAAUUGGCAGCCAUGCACCGAUGCGACCUCACUCUGCUGUGCUCAGAGGCGGAGCUCUCGCUGCUCACUCGCUGCUACGCCUUCCCGCCGCACAAGCUCGCACUCGCCUCGUUUUUCUACGACACAGACGCCACUUAUCCCUCCUCCACCGCCUCCUCCCCCCGCCACCACUUCACCACGGUGGGCACGUUCCGCCAUGCGCCCAACGUGGACGCCGUCUCGUGGCUCGCCACUCACAUCUGGCCCGCCAUCCGCGCGCAGCUGCCAAUGGCUGAGUGCCACGUGUACGGCUCCUACACCACAGCAGCAAUCUCCUCCCUUAAUGACCCCUCCUCUGGCUUCCUCAUUCGCGGCCAUGCCCCCUCCCUCCACGUCCUCGCCUCCUACCGAGUGCUGCUGGCGCCGCUGCGCUUCGGGGCGGGAAUCAAGGGCAAGAUCCUCGACAGCUGGUUGUACGGCACGCCGGUGGUUACCACGCCCAUUGGCGGAGAGGGCAUGGGCGGCAGGGGAGGAGGGGAGGGGGGGAAGGCGGAAGGGGAGGAGGUAAACGGGGAGGCAGGGGGAGUGGGAGGGUGGAGCGGAGGGCAGCAGUGGGGGGGGCUGUGCGGGGCGGAGGAUGCAGAGUCAUUCGUAGCAGAUGCGGUGCGGCUCUACUGCGACCAACAGCUGUGGGCCACGUGUCAAUCAGCGGGCCGCGCCAUCCUCCACCAGCAGUUUGGCAUGCCGCGCAAUGGACCAGCGCUCCUCGCCUCGCUGGCUGCUGCCAAGUCAAACAUGGGUGAUCAUAGAUUGCGUGACUACACAGCGGCCAUCUUGUGGCAUGACAGCAACAGGGCCACUGAGUAUUUCUCCCGGUGGAUUGAGCUCAAAGAGAGGGGCGGACGGCCGCCACUGUGAAUCAAUAGGCUGCUGGGGAGACUCUGGGUUUGAAGAAGCACAUGUGAGUGAAUGUGAAACCAGUUAGUGCUGCUAACUACUUGCACAUUUGCCCACGAAAUAUGGAUUUAUUCAGUUUCACCCAACGUUCAGACAUGUGGAGGGUCCGUUGCAAAUGCAUUGGGAGCGUGAUAUUUUCAGGCGUCCUUUUAUGUCAUGGCUACAAAUACAAGUCAAUCAAUUUACUAUGCAAGC